AUGUUUAGUUUGCAAACCGACAAAUAAAAACCAGGAAAAAAGAAGACGGCUCUAUGGACCUUUUAAACGUCGUCAUAUCCGGCGGCAUUAAGCGCGUCUUCUGUGUGUGAGGCAGAGGCAGUCAUGGCAGACGAGAAGCCAAAGGAGGGUGUGAAAACAGAGAAUGACCACAUAAACCUAAAAGUAGCUGGGCAGGAUGGCUCAGUGGUUCAGUUCAAAAUCAAGAGGCACACGCCCCUUAACAAACUGAUGAAAGCAUAUUGUGAGAGACAGGGGCUAACAAUGCGGCAGAUUCGGUUCCGGUUUGAUGGGCAGCCAAUCAAUGAGACUGACACUCCAGCUCAGUUGGAAAUGGAGGACGAGGAUACAAUUGAUGUAUUUCAGCAACAGACAGGGGGCAUGAUGUAAAUAAGUUACCUCUGCCCUCUAUCAUCACAGUCCUCCCUGUUUUCUCUUUAUACGUUUAGGCUGACAUCUCUCCUCAUUGCCAGAAGCUUGCUUAAAAUGGCCAUCAGUUCGCACAAAUCCGAUGAAUGAUGUUGUAAACAUAUUAGUGUAUUUCAUCAGAUGUGGACCUAAGAGUGUCGAGACUAAAAUGCUUUUGAUCAGUGAUCAGAUCUUUUUUUUUUUUUUUAUGGUAGAUUGAAUUUUGGUCCCUGUCAGUGCUAAAGUACUAUUUUGUUUGCUCAGAGCCAUUGGACUUUUUAUAUAUAUUUUAUAUACGUUGGUGUAUUUCUCUUUUGUACUCAGGCCUAUUUUAUUAAGUAACUUGUGUUGUGAAAUGAAAUGUCGGUGAGAUUUUUGUGUUGGAAUAAAACGUUUUUUAAAAACCACUCGAGGUA